UUCUAGGUUAGGGGGGGCUUUUACUCUGGAAGCCAGUCCACCGGAAGUGUGGUGUGACCGCGGUACACUUGUCAGCAGCGAGCCUCAGUACUCCGCAGAACGUUCGAGAGGUCCCCCGAGCCCCCAGGACCUUCCAGACCCCCUCUGAGCCUGGUGACCCCGCAGCGUCCGGACCUUUACCCCGCACGUCUCUGACAGCCGGACUCAGUACAGCGCCUCGCCGACACUCAGCAGCAGCAGCAGCUCGGCUCCCUUCACUGCGCCUCUGGACGACCAGCGUUGUGUUUAUGUCUUUGUUUUGCGAAAACGAGCUGUUGCGCAGCCAUUGGAACCUGUGUGGUGGACAUCUAGCCUUCAAGCAAGGAGCUUGCAGCCACAGCGGCACAGCGUUUUUCAUGUCAGAGACCGAGCGCGCUUGCAGCCGUUUAUGUCAUCCCCUCUUUUCCAGACAGAAGAUCCCGAAAAAUCCCCAUUCCAGAUCCUCUUAUCUUACUGAUAGCGCUCAGAGCCAGCCAAGAUGUCUGUCAACGUCAACCGCAGUGUGUUGGACCAGUUCUACCGCUACAAGAUGCCCCGUCUGAUAGCCAAGGUGGAAGGCAAAGGAAAUGGCAUCAAGACGGUCGUUGUCAACAUGGUGGAUGUUGCCAAGGCUCUGAACAGACCCCCAACAUACCCGACCAAGUUUUUUGGCUGUGAGCUGGGAGCGCAGACCCAGUUCGAUGCCAAGAACGACCGCUUCAUCGUCAACGGGUCCCACGAGGCCAACAAGCUCCAGGACAUGCUGGACGGGUUCAUCAGGAAGUUCGUGCUGUGUCCCGAGUGCGACAACCCAGAAACUGACCUGCAUGUAAACCCCAAAAAACAAACUAUUGGAAACUCGUGCAAGGCGUGCGGCUACCGCGGCAUGCUGGACACCAGACACAAGCUCUGCACCUUCAUCCUGAAGAACCCCCCAGAGCCCCCUGAGACGGGCUCCGCCACUGUGAAGAAGGACAAGGAGAAGAAGAACCGCAAGAAGGACAAGGAGAACGGAGGUGGAGAGGCCGGGAAGAACAACGACAUCGACGCCCCAGAAGCCGUGGACGGAGAUGACGACGACGAGGACUGGGCCGAGGAGACCACGGAGGAGGCGCAGAGGAGGCGCAUGGAGGAGAUCAGCGACCACGCCAAGAACCUGACCCUCAGCGAGGACCUGGAGAAGACGCUGGAGGAGAGGGUCAACCUCUUCUACAACUUUGUGAAGGACCGUAAGGAGGACGGCUCCAUGGACAUGGCGGACAAGGAGGUGCUGGCGGAGGCGGAGCGCCUGGACGUCACGGCCAUGGGCCCGCUCAUCCUCACAGAGCUGCUCUUCAACGAGGACAUCCGCGACCAGAUCAAGAAGUACCAUCGCCACUUCCUCCGCUUCUGCCACAACAACAAGAAGGCCCAGAAGUACCUUCUGGGGGGCUUCGAGUGCCUGGUGAAGCUGCACCAGACCCAGCUGCUGCCCCGCGUGGCCGUGAUCCUCAAGGACCUGUACGACGCUGACCUGCUGGAGGAGGACGUCAUCUUCGUCUGGGCCGAGAAGGUGUCCAAGAAAUACGUGUCCAAGGAGCUGGCCAAGGAGAUCCACGCUAAGGCCGCGCCCUUCGUCAAGUGGCUGAAGGAGGCAGAGGAGGAGAGCGAGGGCAGCGACGGGGACGAGGAGGAAGAGGACGAGAACGUUGAGGUCGUCUACUCCUCCUCCGCCCGCGAGCUGACGGUGGAGACGGUGAAGCCGGCCAAGGCCCAGCGCGAGGAGAUCGAGGACAUCGACAUAGACGCCAUCUGAACGGGGGCCGGGGAAGAAAGAGCGCUCAAUCAGAUUCUUGCUUGUGUGUGUUGUGGCUUCUCACACGGUGGCCUGUACUACCCCUCCCCCCCCCCCCCCUUUCCCCUGGCUGCCCCCUCCACCUGGCUGCCCCCCCUCCCUGCAUCAGCUAACCCCUCCUGCCCCCCGCCCCCUCCCUCACAUCAACUCUCAGCUCUGUGGCAUGAUAUACAAUAUUAUAGCGCUUUCCUAGCUGCACAUUAACUGCUGUGAUUUUGAGAUGUAUUCAGUGGAAAUGAAGUUGCUUGUGGGUUCUUGGGGUUAUCAUUUGACUGCACAUUUAAUUUGUCUGUAUUUUUCCAGUUAAUAAAGAAUGUUUUGCUAUCCACAA